CCCACCAUGAAGCUCCUGCUGCUGACUUUGGCUGCGCUACUACUCUUGUCCCAGCUCACUCCAGGUGAUGCUCAGAAAUGCUGGAAUCUCCACGGCAAGUGCCGUCACCGAUGCUCCCGGAAGGAAAGCGUCUAUGUCUACUGCACAAACGGGAAGAUGUGCUGCGUGAAGCCCAAAUACCAGCCGAAGCCGAAGCCGUGGAUGUUCUAACUGCCCGGAAGCCGGAAGCCCAGACGAUGCAGAUGGCCAAGCUGUCCUAGGCUGACCCCAUGGACUCUUGAGCUCAGUCAAUAAAUGUGCCUGCCCAACCUCAA